UUCCUCCCUCCUCCUCGUACGUCAAUCGCUCCAUCAUCUCUGCCUUCACAUCAACAUCGUCCUGGAAAUAUAUCUAUCUAUCUAUUUAUACACACACAUACCCGAAAAAACAUCGACAUGGAUUUUUAGCGCAUUUGUGUCAUGGAUGUAUGAGAGAAGAAAUGGAUUCCUUCUACCUGCUUCUUUCUCUUCUCGUUCUCCAAGUGCAUCUGAUCGCCGCGGCCGAUAGAAAAUUCGGUUGCCUGUUUGAGGAGAAUCUGUGUAUGAACUAUGAGAUAUGCGUCAAUGAUGGAAUGUUCGGCCGUUGUCAGAUGAUGAUGGGAGCAGAUGUGUACAGAUAUGAUAUCUCACCAGCAACCCUGCAGAGAUUUCGCACAUUAUUCUUGAAACUUUCACUUCGAGGCCUGUCAUGGCACGACGACAUCACUCAGCAGGUCCUGUCUAAAGAAUUUUCUAAACUACACAGGAUCCCUCUGUCACCACCUGACUCAAGACAACUGGUACAGACGGCUGCUGUGGAAGGUGAAAGACUGAAGCCACUGGAGGAGAAACUUAGCAAAAGUCUACAGAAGUAUUUGCUGAACAUGAGUCUGCUGCCUAAACUGAAUGGUCAGGUCACCAAAAUGAAGUCUUCUCUGCCAUCAGCAUAUUAUUAUUCUGGAAAACCAAACGUUAAAAUCAGCACGAUCCCACCUGAGUUCACCCCAGAUUCACCCUAUCAGGCUGCUUCUUUCCCUGACCUUACUCGUUAUCAGAGUGACAAAGUGUACAACACACAACAACAGUUGGAUGGUUCAGACUUCGCUCUUACUGCCUUAAAGCAGUAUGUGUCUCAGAAAAUGUCAUCUGGCCAGAGAAGACCAAAACCAGAGCCAGUAUUUCCAAAGGGUGGAGCCUCACAAUUGCUUGCCAAAAAACCUCUGACUCCAGUAGAUGAGACCUUUAUCCGAAAUGUUUUACACAAUGUAGGAAGGCACAAUGUAGAUGUGGAGAGUUUGAGUGCAGCAGAUCUGGACCAGCUGGCCUCUCUCAUAGCUGAUGCUCUUCAGGUAGUGGAGAAGCAAGCAGAAAAUGGAUACAAACCCCGAGACCUGCAAACAGAAGAUCUGCAAACUGAAGAACAGGAAACUGGAGAACUGCUGCCCAGUGAUCAGGAGCCAGGAGUAGAUUCAUGGAAUGAAAAUACCUCAGAGUCAGUAAAGCAACUAAGUGAAGAAACACCAAACAGUCAAAUGUUUGAGACCAUGCCAUCUAUGUCAGGGAGACAAAGCAGAAAGGAGCAGAGAUCUAGUGCAGACCAUAAGGAUGUGGAAUUGUUGGGGAAGUUGUUAGAGUAUCUGGAUAAAACCACCACCUCACAGCCGAGCCCGUCUGUAAAGGAGCAGGGCGUAUCCGUGGAGAGAGUACACAGCAGAACAACCGAGCUGGGUGUAAAAGUACAGAAGAAGGCAAUGGAACAGGUGGAGGAGGUGGAGGGAUGGGUAGAGGCUGCUGCUCUAGCGCCCUCUUCUGUUUUAGAGAUGGAUGUCACACCACACCGCCAAAAUGUGAAAGUGCAGGAUCUACAACUUGAUGUACAGGCCAACAGUAAUGAUGAUGUCUACGGCUACAUCAUUACAGAUACUGAUUCUCUUCCCACUGAUCAAGGUUUGCACCUGAUGGAGCUGUUGUGUCGUAAAGCAAAGAUCCAGAUGACUGAUUUCCUUGAGCUUUCAGUUGUUGGUCCAGCUGUGACAUUCCAGGUCCGCACUAAUGAUCAGAAUGUCACCACAGCUGCCAUUGCCAAUUUGGCAGUUAAACAGAAAGCUGCACUAGAGAAGGAGGCUGGAGUCACCAUUUUGGAGGCAGGAGUUACUGAUAAGACUACGUUGAGCCAAAUUCCUACCAAGUACAGCCACUCUGAAUCUAUGAAGUUCCUAAUCCUUACAGUAGUAUCCAUCGUGUGCAUCAUCGUGGUCCUGCUGAUCUCUACUAUAAUUUACUGUCUGCGCCAUCGAUCACAUCACAAACUCAAAGAGAAACUCACUAACCUCAGCACAGACCCUGCUACUGAGGCCACAGCUACCUAUCAGGAGUUGUGUAGACAGCGGAUGGCUGUGAAACCCCCAGUGGAAAGGGCAGAACUUCGACAGUCUUCUCGAAUUAACAGUGUGUCUUCUCAGCUGAGUGAUGGACCGAUCCUUAGCCCCUCUGCCCGCACGAGCACGUCCUCCUGGAGUGAAGAGCCUGCCCACACAAACAUGGACAUCUCCACUGGACAUAUGAUACUGUCAUAUAUGGAGGAUCACCUGAAGAAUAAGAACAGGUUGGAGAAAGAGUGGGAAGCUCUGUGUGCAUAUCAAGCAGAACCAAACAACUGCAGUAUUGGCCAGAGAGACUGCAAUGCCAAGAAGAACCGCACCACCGCUAUCAUACCUUAUGAUCAUUCUAGGAUUUGCCUGAAAGUGGAGAACAGCCAAGGCAAUUCUGAAUACAUCAACGCUAGUGCUAUUAUGGAUCACGACCCUAGGAACCCAGCUUACAUUGCCACUCAAGGUCCUCUGCCAUCAACUGUUUCUGACUUCUGGCAGAUGGUGUGGGAAAGCGGUUGUGUGGUGAUCGUCAUGCUGACUCCUCUAACAGAAAGUGGAGUUAAACAGUGUUACCACUACUGGCCAGAUGAGGGCUCCAACCUCUACCAUAUAUAUGAGGUUAACCUGGUGUCAGAACAUGUGUGGUGUGAGGAUUUCCUGGUUCGCAGUUUUUACUUGAAGAACAUGCAGACCAAUGAAAGUCGCACAGUCACCCAGUUCCAUUACCACACCUGGCUCAGCCAGCACACACCCGAGACCAGCCAGGCUCUACUCGACUUCCGCAGAAAAGUAAAUAAAUGCUACAGAGGAAGAUCUUGCCCCAUCAUAGUUCACUGCAGUGAUGGAGCAGGGAGGACUGGGACAUAUAUACUGAUUGAUAUGGUUCUGAAUAAGAUGGCUAAAGGUGCUAAAGAGAUUGAUAUCGCUGCUACACUGGAGCACCUGAGAGAUCAGAGACCUGGCAUGGUUCAAACCAAGGAGCAAUUUGAGUUUGCAUUGACUGCAGUGGCAGAAGAAGUGAAUGCUAUCCUUAAAUCCCUCCCUUAGUGAGAAAUCAAGCAGCAAGAUACAUCCUGUCUCCCUCUCCUUCUUUAUUUUCUUCCUCGUUUUCUGUCUCAUUCUCUCUAUCUGCCUAGUGUAUAUAAAGUUAGGACUCAUUAAAAGCUUUUUCCUCAUUUUUUUGAUGUAUACUGGCCUUGCAGUGCAGACAGUCUACUUAAUAUAUUAAAAAGAUAUUAUAUGUUUGGAUAUAUUAAUCAUACAUCUUUAGAUUUUUACCCACAUGUAAAUGUGCAUUUUUCACCACUUAUUUCUCUGUUGGCUGAUGGCCCAUGUUUAGUCAUUGCCAAAUAUAAUAUUAUGAUAAGCUGCCAAUAGCUUGUUUCCAAUGCUGAAAAGGGUAUUUAAAACAUCGCAUCUAAAUUAUGGUACAAUAAAAAUAAUAACUGAAGUUAAUAUUGUAUGCAGCUAGAGAAAAUGCUCUUGAAAAUGUACUUGGUAAAGGCCCAAAUGCUGGUACUUCUCUUUAAAGGAGUACAUUUAGUAUCAUAGUCAGCAAAGACGGUUCUGUUUCAUACCUCCUAACCAUCAGAGACAAUAAGAAAGGCCUGCAUACCUCCUUUUGUCCAUGUGCACACCUGGCAAGACAUUCCAAAAAAGUCAUAAAGUGAGCUAUAAUGCAGUGUAUAUUGCAAUAAAUCCUGUUAUCUCCUUAACAGCUAGUUACUACACUGGAAACCACAGGUAACCUCCGAAGGAGCUCCAUGGGUUUGCUCACUUGCAGUACUCAUAUUCAGUGAAUACUUUGCGGUUAGUGAGGCUGAGAGGUUCCUCUUUACCAUACAGUCUGGUAAGAGGCAUCAGGAUACUGCCAUAUUUUGAUCCUUUGCACCCCACUAAUAAACAAGCCAUACAGGACACAUUAACCAUCCUGAGAACACAGUAUAGUGUUUUGUGUCAUGGUGAACUCAGAAGAGGUGCUACAGGACCUAAAGCACCCCCUGUUACAAGCCAAUACACAAAACUUCAAAAACAGAGACAAAGACUCACAUCUGGGGUGAGUCUGUGACCACAAGUUUUCAGCUCAAAGUCAUGUCAACCAAUUAAUUCAGUACAAUUUAAAUCAAUCUUAUUUGUAUAGUGCUUUUAACAAUGGACGUUGUUGCAAAGCAGCUUUAAAGGAAUAAAAUUUUUUAUUUAUAUUUAUCUCUUACAAGCAAGCCAGAGGCAAUGAUGGCAAGGAAUAACUCCCUGAGACGAUGUGAGGAAGUAACCAUGUUAAAGAGGUUCUAGAAGGUUCCAGGACAGGAUACCUUAAUAACAGUAGAGUUUGUUGUAAAUACUGCAUCAAAUUUCACUUUAUGACUUUAUGUUGCAAGGUCUUGGCAAGUACAGUAGACCUGAUGAAGGUAUAAGGUAAAAAGAGAUACUAAUUCAAGAGUAGAAGAUGAUUAGCAUAAAUAAUGUAUGAAAAAGGAUUAACUAGAGUCUCAAACUGUACACCAACAAGGUGGAUGAAAAUGGUAGGUGUGUAGUAAACAGUAACUGUUUGAUUAUACACUUGAUACAUAUGUACCAGCCCUAAACACACUAACAUGCCACGUGCUGAGAACAGUACACCAAUGGUCCAAUGGUGGUACGGAUGAUUAGGUUGAAUAAAGCUUACAGUGUACAUUGCACCAGAGAAUUAACCCAAGUACACUUAAGAGGGUGUACCUGCUAAAAUGACCAAAGUGUGUACACUGCAAAAAAUGACAUCUUAGUAUGGAAAAAAUUUUUGGAAUAUAGUCAAAAGGAUCUACUAUUUCUUAUUAUAGGAUUACAAGAAACCAAAUAUAAGAUUAUUAAAUCUAUUCCUAGGCAUAUUUUACUGUUUUCUGCUUUACAUUUUCCUGUUCUAUUGGCAGACUGUUUUGCUUAUUGUAAUCUUGUAAUCACUAAUUGUGAGAAAGAAAGCAGCAAAAUUAUCUGUCAAUAGAUAAGAACCUUUUGAGCUUAAAAUGAAAAUGUUCCUAGCUUUUAUUAGGUUUAUUGUAAAUUUAUAAUAAACAAACUAACAAACUAUAUAUAUAUAUAUAUAUAUAUAUAUAUAUAUAUAUAUAUAUAUAUAUAUAUAUAUAUAUAUAUAUAUAUAUAUAUAUAUAUAUAUAAAACUAGAUUCCGGAUAUCACUCAUUUAUUGCGGUGUAGGAGCAAAGUGUUGAUACCGAGUCUCUUACACUAGUUGGUUUUUAGGAUUUGCUUGAUAUAAAUAAAAUGUACAAUGUGCUGUGAUGGUGAUUGCAGACUGUAGAAGCUAGUAAACAUUUUACUAUCCUGUUCUGCUAGAAGAAUCAUUACACCUCUUAAUGAUUCUGAUUAUUGUAUAUACCACCAGAAUUCUAUUAUAAUCUAUUUUGCUCUCUGAACAGAUGAAAUGCUGCCGUCCUGUGAUUAAAGUUUAACUGAAUGUGAAACAGUAA